AACACGUAUGCACAAGAUUUGAAUGAGAGUAACAUGUUUAGGUUGUUCCAUGCAAAAAUCUUAGGUCCCAAGUUACAUAGACUAAAACCUAUAACGUUCCAAAUUAUGUUGCCUCCUUUUCCUGAAUGUUGUUCCCUUCUCUUUGAAACCUCUCCUCGGUCCCUUUCCAUUUCAUCAUAUCGUUGUGAUCCUCUUCUUUCCUCUCUACUCCUUACUCUGAAAUCUUCAUCUUCUGUCUCCUGUUGCAGGGUCAUUCAUGCCCGAGUGGUCAAAUCUCUGCAUUACAGAGAUGGGUUCAUAGGUGAUCAAUUAGUUUCAUGUUAUCUCAACAAGGGGUCCAUCCCAGAUGCCCAGAAGCUGUUUAGUGAAAUGCCCCACAAGGAUUUUGUCUCUUGGAACUCUUUGGUUUCUGGAUUUUCUAAAAGAGGAGACCUUUGUAAUUGCCUGAGUGUGUUUUCUACAAUCAGGUCUGAAAUGGCACUGGAAUUGAAUGAGCUUACAAUGAUAUCUGUUAUCUCGGCUUGUGCUUCUGCUAAAGCCCGAGAUGAGGGCUGCUAUCUUCAUUGUUGUGCAGUGAAAUUGGGUAUGGGGUUGGAAGUGAAGGUUGUUAAUGCUCUUAUUAACAUGUAUGGGAAGUUUGGCUGCGUUGACUCUGCUUUCAAGCUAUUUUGGGCAAUGCCGGAGCAGAAUAUGGUGUCAUGGAAUUCAAUGGUGGCUGUUUGGACACAAAACGGAAUCCCCAAUGAAGCUGUUAAUUAUUUUAAUAUGAUGAGGGUAAAUGGACUUUUUCCCGAUGAAGCCACAAUGUUGAGCUUGCUUCAAGCCUGUGAAAAUUUACAUUUGGGAAGAUUGGUAGAGGCCAUGCAUGGUGUUAUCUUCACCUGUGGUCUUAAUGAAAAUAUAACAGUUGCGACUACUCUUUUGAACUUGUAUUCAAAGUUAGGGAAAUUGAGUGUUUCUCACAAGGUCUUUGCAGAGAUAAGCAAGCCUGAUAAAGUGGCAUUGACUGCAAUGCUUGCAGGGUAUGCCAUGCAUGGGCGGGGGAAAGAAGCCGUAGAAUUCUUUGAAAGGUCUGUAAGGGAAGGUGUGGAGCCUGAUCAUGUUACUUUUACUCAUUUGUUAAGUGCUUGUAGUCAUUCAGGGCUUGUCCGGGAAGGAAAGUACUACUUCCUAAUCAUGUCUGAGGUUUACAAAGUUCAAACUCAAUUGGAUCACUAUUCAUGUAUGGUUGAUCUUCUAGGUCGCUGUGGUCUAGUCAAUGAUGCUCAUCAGCUAAUAAAGAACAUGCCUUUAGAGCCAAAUUCUGGAGUUUGGGGUGCUCUUCUUGGUGCUUGUAGGGUUCAUCGUAACAUCGACAUUGGGAAGGAAGCUGCAGAGAACUUGAUUGCAUUAAAUCCUUCAGACCCUAGAAACUAUAUCAUGCUUUCCAACAUUUAUUCUGCUGCAGGUCUGUGGAAUGAUGCAUCAAAAGUAAGGGCUUUAAUGAAGACUAAAGUUUUUACCAGAAACCCUGGAUACAGCUUUAUUGAGCAUGGGAAUAAAAUUCACCUUUUUGUGGUAGAUGAUUACUCUCACCCUGAUUCAGACAAAAUACACAAGAAGCUGGAAGAGAUUAUGAGAAGAAUUCAAGAAGUUGGUUUUGUGUCUGAAACUGAACCCAUUCUACAUGAUGUUGAUGUCGAGGUUAAAACAUAUAUGAUUAACAAACAUAGUGAGAAAAUAGCACUUGCCUUUGGACUUUUGGUUUGUAAUGCUGAUAAGCCAUUAGUUAUUAUAAAAAAUCUCAGAAUAUGCCGAGAUUGCCAUAACACAGCAAAAUUUGUCUCACUGAUAGAGAAGCGUACCAUCAUUAUCCGAGAUUCAAAGCGAUUUCACCACUUUUCAGAUGGAUUAUGCUCUUGUGGCGAUUAUUGGUAGUGAUCCCUGAUGGAAUUUGGCAUUUCAGGAAUGGAUUGUCAUUGGAAUUCAUAAGAGCCAACAUGGUAAUAUACUUGAUAACCCUAUAUUAAUGAAGAAUAAUUCUAUGCAUGUUCAUAUUCAAUUCUUCCUCCUAGCCAAAAUUUACCGCUAUCUGCAUGCUGCU